UGCGUUCAACAGAAGAUCAGCUUCCAGAAGGGCUUCAAAGCACCUCACUUGUAUUUGCGCUGUCAAAGGCGAAAGAAAAUCGCGCCGAUUUGGGCCGCUUGACAUCUCGCCAUGUGCAAAGGACUCGCGACCCUUCCGGCAACAUGCCUGAAAAGUGCCAAAGACAUCAAACACAAAAUCAGCUUCUUGCUCCAGAAGCCGCAACAGGUGGACGGCAAGCGGACCCAAGAAAAGGAUGAAGACGCCGCCGAAAGGAUGCCGACUGCAGCCGAGGUGGCAAAAUGGAAGGAAUCGUUCAGCCACGUGAUGAACUCUGAAAAAGGCCGAUCGUCGUUUACCGACUUCCUGAUGUCGGAGUUCAGCCAAGAGAACAUGCAGUUCUGGCUGGCGUGCGAGGACUUCAAGAAGACUCCGACUUGCGAGUUGGAGACCAAAGCAAAGUUCAUCUACGGGCGUUACGUGGCGCAAGACUCUCCCAACGAGGUCAACCUGGAUGCCGCGACCAGAGAGGAAACUCUGCAGAAGGUGACGAGCGGCUCUCGCGCGUGUUUCCAGGAGGCUCAGAGGAGGAUCUACCUUUUGAUGGAGAAAGACUCCUACAGACGUUUCCUGCACUCCAAGUUGAUCGUCGAAUUGUCUCAGGCCGACGCCUCGGUCGCACGGAAGAAAGAAAAAAGUGGCCGGGACACCGCCGCCAUCCAGCAAGAAAACGCCGGCGGUGCCCGGGCGAGGAGCGAAAGCGGAAGAACAUGUCAAACGUUUUUCCAUGCCAGAUGACUGUGCAGAAAAGCGCAUUUGCCCGCGCCGCCUCAAUUUUGAUUCAAAAAGAAACCCGGAAACGCAGCCUUCCCAGUCUUGACUUUUGUCUACUACCUCAGUAUACUUGGAAAUGAAUGUCAGUAACUUUUUGUCCUUUUGGAUUUUGUCCUGGGAAAUCCGAAAACGUUUUUUUUUUGUUUGAAAAAGAAAUUAACAUCCA